AUGGAUAUUACCAGCAUCUAUGCUGUCACCGCGGGCGGUGUCUGUGCCACUCUUUUCUUUGUUAGUAUUCUUCCGUAUGUGGCUCCACUGGCCAGUAAAACCUCAACAUUUAUCUCUAAGCACUUCAUCUUCCCAUUCCUUCUUCAUCGUCACAGUUUUGUUGGCCCAUGGACGCGUGGUGCCGUUUUAGUACACACUCUCUAUGUCGCAACCAACCUUUUUUGUCUCUGUUUCCGUGCCAUGUCGCGGAUCGACGCUGCUCGAAGAGCAGGGGCAUUGUCUAUGAUCAAUAUGGUUGCUCUCUUUGCGACUGGAAACCUGACUAUCUGCACUGACAUAUUUCGGAUUUCGCGUCACCUAAGCCUACAGAUCCACCGUGCUACUGCAUGCAUGGUGGCGAGUUUAAUAGGUCUGCAUAUUGUCUUGGUGAUGACCACACAGAGAAGUUUCCCGUUGACCGAGUCAGACAACCUUUUUGGACUUAUUGGAGCUGGAUGCGUUGCGGGAACCUUUCUCUUCUCGCUUCCAUACAUCCGCCGUCAAGUAUAUGAAAUUUUCCUUCGAACCCAUCAGAUACAGGGGUAUGCUUUCUUAUAUGCUCUUUGGCGACAUAUACCGUCUACCACUCUCCUUCCAAGACUUUACACCAUCCUGGCGUUUGCAUUCGUCUUGGUAGCGCUCCUUCUACAGACGCUCGUCAUUAUCUAUCGGAAUGGAAUAUUCUCCUCCCGUGGAUGCCCCCGGGCGCUGGUGGCGUGCGGUAACCUGGAGAUCCACGGAAAAAAUUAUGUGAGUCCCGUCAUCAAGGUCCGUGUGGCCCUCUCCCGACCGAUGAAGAUCGCGGCGGGGCAGUAUAUCCAUUUAUGGAUGCCGUCGGUGAGUUGGUGGUCGUGGGCACAAUUGCAUCCCUUCACGGUCAUCUCGUGGUCCGAUGGCGCCCAGGAGACGUUAGACUUGCUGGUUGAGCCUCAACGUGGGUUCUCUGCGGAUUUGCUGCGGCACGCCACUGCUGCCUCACCAGGCUCCGCUUCCUUUCUCGCUCUGAUCAGUGGACCGCACGGAAUCAGCGAGGAUGUCAGACGUUAUGAGAGCGUGGUCUUCCUUGUGGAUGGAUUUGGUAUCGCAGCUGCCAUCCCGUAUCUUAAAAAGCUCAUCUGUAGCUACAACACGUCGGUCGCGGAGAAGGUUGAUCAUGAAUCAUCGGACCAUCUCUUGCGGUACUUUUUCGUAUAUUCUCGAACCAGGAGGGUGCAUCUUGUAUGGCAAGUUGAAACACUUGAUAUUGCGAUCGCUAUACAAUCCGUAUUGAAUGGUCUCCUCGAUGAUGACCUCUUAAAAAAAAGUUAUCUUUUGACGAUUUCUAUCCAUGUGAAAUCUGGUGGAAUCAUUGGAGACAAGUUGACAUUUGGAAAUCAUAAACGAGCAGUCGUUUAUAAAGGGAGUGCCGACUAUGAACAGAUCCUACCCGCGGAAUUGUCUGGCGAAUUUAUCCAGAGACUUCCGGGCGCCCAGGAAGAAAGAGGAGAGAUGCUGGUGAUGGUGGCGGCAUCCAACGAGGUCCAUGAUCGCACUCAAGUAAUUCUUCGGGACUACGUGCACCAGAAAGUGGCAAUGGCUGUCCUUGAAUACCAGCCUUGA